AUGAGUUACGCGACAACUAACGAAAAAGCUCCAAUAUCACCUAUGCAGUCGUCGCAACCGAUGGGAUUCAAUGAUAAUCGAGAAAUCCGACGAACUCGAACAAUUCUUAUUGUUGUUUUAGUAAUUCAAUUGAUCCUCUCAAUCAUCUACCUGAUUCAGCAAAGUGUUUACCUCACACGAUACAAUAAUAUGUCAUAUGAUAUGCGCGACCAUACAUCAGGCACUUUAUAUACUGCCGGAGUCAUCGGCGGUGUUAUUUCAAUAGUUUAUGUGAUUUUGUUUCUGAUUUUCGUCACGCUUCAUCUCCGCAUUCCAAUUCUUGUUGUCACGUGGUUGGGUGUGAUUCAACUGAUCUUCAUUGGUGCUGUUUUGGUCAUUACAGUAUUGACUAUUCUUGCCUCGACCAUCACUACGACUUAUAUUGUCGGCGGAUUUGUUGCUAGUAUCAUCAUCAUUGUCGUGGUUGGUAUUUCUUCGAUUCUUGUGAUUUUAUCGGUCUUUUUUGGAUUUAAAUUGUCAAAAUUACUCAAAGCACAGGAAAAUUAUCAAAUGGUUUGA